GCUUACUGCUGCUAAUGUCUCUCUUUGAAAUCUGGGAAAGUCCGGAAAUAUGCAACUGGUUGUCCGUAGGGGGAAGCAUGCUUCGUUUGCGAUAGCUGUAAUCUUUGCUUUUCUUGCAGCCAUCUCCAAUAUAAUUGGAUUUGUUUCUCCAUACUGGAUUGUCUCAAAGUCAGAUUCAAACAUCGGAUUUCAAAGACUUGGCCUAUGGGAAGUUUGCUUCGAGAAUUUCAUCUUUCCAGAAGAUUAUGUGUCUAAAGCUUAUCAGGGAUGUUGGUACAUUUACUAUCCUGAAUAUAAGUACAUCAGAUUCUGGCUUAAUCCACCUUGGUUCUAUGUUGUUCAAAUAUUGUCAAUUAUUUGUCUGAUAUGCAAUUUGGCUGGACUUUUGAUGAUCAUUCUCAUUUUGUGCGAAGUUUAUGGAACUAAAGAAAGGAAACCUCAUUUUGUCAUUAUCGGUUUACAGUCUGUUGCUCUUGCCUGUUUCGUAAUCAUCACUAUAUAUAUGGGAGUUAUGAGUAAAGAUCGUGGAUGGUUACCAAGACCUGAUUUAAACAUGCUGUCUUGGAGCUUUGCAUGUGCUGUGUUGGCUGGAUUUUUCACAGUCUUUUGUCUUUUCGGUUUGGUGACACAUUAUUUAUCAGUCGAAAGUAAACGGUUAAUGCAAGAUCCAAUUUUGCGACAAAAACUACUCGGAAGUGAGGGUUACUAUAAAUCUCAAAAACAACUUUCACAUUACGAUGUUACUGAAAAAGGUGGUGUUGGCGCUCCAACAGAAUCGAAACUUGGCGGUACUGGCACAGUUCCUUCACUCUUCACAACAGUUCCUUCUACUUUUGCUGGUUAUCAGCCUGGAUCACAAACUGGUCCCACUAGUACUCUUAUGGCUCCUGGUAUGUCGAGUAUUUUGAGCAGAAGCACUAUAGCUCCAGGAGCUGUAGGAGGAAAUGCAGCUGGAACAUCUGCAGCUACUGUGUCUGCUAAGCUGAGAGAAUCACUAGAAGCUCAGAGGAUUGCUGUUUUGGAGGCAAAUUUACGCGCAGCAGAAAACGAAUUAACUCAAAAAGCAGAAAAUGUUUAUGCCCCAACUUCAGCACAGUCUUUAUAUAUCCCUAAUAUUAAAACUGAAUCAAGAUAUGAUGGGACUAUGCCAAGGCAAACAAGACCUCAUAGUUCUGUUUCUCAUCUGCAAUCCAAUGUUGCUAUGGAUUCAGCUGUAUAAUUCAAAAUUUAAUUUGUUUUAGAUAAUUUCUUACUUUAUUUGAGUUUUUUAAGUAAAUAAAACAUUGUCGAAAUACAAUACUGCCCUUUCGCUUAUUACUAAAAGACAGUUGUUCUCAUUAUUCGUCAUAAAAAUGUAUAAUUGCACCGGAACCAGUAGUUACUAUUCAUACAAAUAUUGAAC